AUGGAUGGGAUGCGACCGUUGCUGUCCGGACGGGGAGGCCGGGGCAGCAUAUACGUCUGGGCGUCCGGGAACGGCGGGACCAACGGCGACAACUGCAACUGCGACGGCUACGCCAGCUCCAUCUACACCCUGAGCGUGGGAAGCGCCUCGGAGAACGGCUCCUUCCCGUUCUACGGCGAGAAAUGCGCCUCCACCGUGGCCGUCACUUACUCCGCCGGAGCCUACACCGACCAGACUGUGGCGACGACCGACGUGGGGAACGCCUGCACCCUCAAGCACACCGGGACCUCCGCCGCCGCACCGCUGGCUGCCGGCCUCGUCGCUCUCACGCUCCAGGCCAAGUUCCGUCGCAUUCUUGUCGCAUUUUUUGGCGCAUCCGUUCCCGAGCUGACGUGGCGAGACAUGCAGCACGUGGUCGUGUGGACGGCGGACCCCCUGGCGCUGGAGAGAAACGCCGGCUGGAGCGUGAACGCCGCCGGCUUCCCGUACAGCAGUCGAUUUGGCUUCGGACUCCUCGGGGCCCACCGGAUGGUCCAAGCGGCGAGGCGGUGGGCCCCGGUGCCGCCCAAGUCCACUUGCGAGCGGGCGUGGAGUGGGGGGCCGUUCGCCACGAACGGAUCGCGGGGCGCGAACGCGAGCCUGGAGACGGACGGCUGCCACGGCACGGACCGGGAGAUCCGCUUCCUGGAGCACGUGGAGCUCCGCCUCACCGUUCGAUAUCCGCGGCGAGGCGCGCUCCGGCUCGGCCUCACUUCGCCUCGAGGCAGCGAGUCCGAGGUGCUGAGCCCCCGCCCGAAGGACAAGUCGAAGGCGGGAUUCCGCGACUGGAAAUUCAUGUCGGUUCACUUCUGGGGCGAGGACCCGGCCGGGACCUGGCGCUUCUUCCUCGACGACACGGAACGAGAGUCGAUGGACCCCGGGGAAUGGAGGGACGUGAGCCUCAUCCUCCACGGCACGAAGGACCCCCCGCCCUACCGCGCGGCCGGGCAAUCCAAGCUCUCCGCUCUCGCCUCCACCUCGCAUCUAUGAAUAGCACCCAUAUAUGAAUAAAUUGUGAAUCGGCAGCGGA